AUGCCUAAAAUUAAAACUAUUCGAACAAAAAAAGCACCUGAGGGAUGGGAAUUGAUUGAACCAACAAUAACAGAAAUUGGAAAUUAAAUAAGAGAUGUAGAGAAUCAAACAUAUAGUGAUAAAAAGAAACCAGAAUAAUUUUGGGAGAUUUAUAAAUUGCAUCAUUAGAGGUAUAAACUAUAUUAUAUAAAUAGAUCUCGUUAUAUUUAUGAAAUGUAUUAUUAUAAAAAAGAGAUAACAAGAGAAUUAUAUGAAUUUUGUUUAUAAGAAUAAUAUGGAGAUGCAUCAUUAAUUGCAAAAUGGAAAAAGACUGGAUAUGAAAAGUUGUGUUGUUUACAUUGUAUAUCUAAAUCAUAACAUAAUUUUGGAGGAACAUGUAUAUGUAGAGUUCCUAAAGCUAAAUUAGAAGAAGGUAAAUUAGUAUAAUGUAAAUAAUGUGGAUGUAGAGGUUGUGCUAGUGGAGAUUGAUAUAAUAAUCUAUAAAAU